AUGGUAUUAACACAGCAGCCAAGAUCUCUCGCUUCGAUCGACGAUAGCUUUCCUACCCUCCAGCUUUUUCUCUUGGCAAUAUGUCGUGUCGCCGAGCCCAUUGCCUUGACCUCCAUCUUCCCCUACUCAUGGGUCAUGGUCAAGGAUUUCAACAUGGCUAAUGGCACCGACGCCUCCUUCUACGCGGGCAUUUUGAUCUCCGCGUUCUCCCUCGCCGAAGCCAUGACGGGCAUGUUCUGGGGCAGUCUAUCCGAUCGAGUAGGUCGGAAGCCUGUUCUUCUGUGUGGUUGCUUUGGGACUAUGCUCUCGCUGCUACUGGUCGGUCUGGCCCCGAACUUUUGGGUUGCGCUGGUGGGUCGCGCGCUGGGUGGUGCGUUGAAUGGGAAUAUUGGGGUUAUUCAGACUAUGGUUGGUGAAUUGGUGCAACGGCCGGAGCAUGAGCCUCGGGCGUAUGCUAUUAUGCCUUUUGUUUGGUCAAUUGGGACUAUUAUUGGACCAGCCAUUGGAGGUUUACUGGCAAGACCUUCGGAAGGUUACCCUUCUCUCUUCCCCCGGGAAGGUCUCUUUGGGCGUUUCCCCUAUCUGUUACCGAAUUUGGUCUGCUCUGUUCUUCUGCUUUCGAGCAUGAUCGGGGGCUGGCUGUUCCUACAGGAAACCCAUCCAGAGAUGCAGUGCCACAGCCACAGCAUUCGUCAAUUCUUUGAGCAUACCUCGGCCGAACAGCCUCUCCUCGCGACCUCCGGUGCGACUGCCAACGCAGGCGUUGACCUCCGAGCCGAGUCCUACGGAACUUUCAAUCAGGUCAGCCUGCAUGAGGAUGAAAACUGGGAUGUCCAGGCAGACGGUACAUCUUUCGUAUGGAAGAAGUCGCUGAAACCAAAGGCUUUCACCUGGCGGGUUAUCAUGCUAGUUAUGGCACUGGCCAUCUUCACAUACCACUCGAUGACCUACGAUCAUCUUUUACCUAUUUUCCUGCAAGACGAAAACACCCGUGGGCACUCGACUGGCCAUCAUGCUUUCCUGGAUAUCCCAGGUGGAGUCGGUUUGUCGACACAGACAGUGGGUAUGAUCAUGUCCACGGACGGUAUCAUCGCCCUUGUCAUUCAAAGCAUGAUCUUCCCCGCCCUGGCUGGAUGGCUCGGCGUGUGGCGUCUCUUCGUCGUCGUGACAGCCCUCCACCCAAUCGCCUAUUUCAUGGUUCCAUUUGUCGCCCUCCUCCCCCAGAAUCUCGUUUUCAUCGGCAUCUACACCUGCCUGAUCGUCCGGAACAUAUUAUCUAUCAUCGACUACCCCGUCCUGCUUAUCCUGAUCAAGCAAGCUAGUCCCUCGGACUCAGUGCUUGGUAAGAUCAACGGCCUGGCUGCUUCGGCCGGUGCUGCGUCUCGCACCAUUGCGCCUCCCAUUGCGGGAUCCCUUUACAGCACUGGUACUGAAAUGGGCUGUACGGCGCUCGCUUGGUGGGGCAGUUCGUUUGUGGCCUUGCUGGGUGCGGUCCAACUUUGGUUCAUCCAGCGGAAGAAGAACUCUUGGGUCACUGUUACUCCUGCUGCUCCGUGCCACUAUGUUCCUGUUCCAGAGCAACCCAGGAAUGACGUCGUGCAUAUCAUCGUGACUGAUUUCGAUGCCGAUGUCGAUGAAGCUGCGGCUGACGCGUGA